AUGUUCGCUCAACUUUGCCUUGCCGUUACUGUUGUUGGAAUCGCUCUAGCCGCUGAUAUUCAACGUGAAACGAAAAAUGCUGUAAAUGAAGUCACAACCACUAAAGACGGUGAUCUGUACUGCCCCGUACCAAUUGUCGGUACCAAAUGUCCGGAAUCAUCCGUGUUCCACUACUACAAAUGCUGUGGAGAUCUGAAUAAGGACUGUUGCUUCAACUUGCAGACAUGGGUCAUUGUUGUGUUGGCCUUGAUUGCGAUGUCAGAAAAAUCGAUAAUCGAUCGAUCGCCACAUAGAAAAUCACCAACGACAUCGACACUCCAAUCAAUCAUCAUUUCUAUCAAAUGCGGUAUGUACUUCUCAAAUAAUCGAUGA